CUUUAUGACUAUCAUCGUUCACUUAAUGGAAGCGUUGCGGAUUAUUUUGGAAUAACUAAGGAUCCUUCAUCAUCGGAUUUCAUGUUUGUUAUGAAAUAUUAUGAUGAUAGUGACUUAUAUUCAUAUAUAGAAGAAAUGCGCGGAUUUCUUGGUUGGACAGAUAUUAUUACAACACUUUGGGGACUAUCCAAAGAAAUCAUUCGUGUUCAAAAAAAAAUCGGAUACUGUUAUGGAAAUUUUCAUGGAGGUAAUCUGCUGGUUGAAGAUGGAAAUAUACGUUUCACCGAUAUUCAAUUACGUUUUCAAAUUGAUAAAAGAAACGAACUAGAUAAAAUUCUUCCUUAUUUAGCCCCUGAAAUUUUAAAGGGGGAACCAACAACAAAUUCUACGGACAUUUAUAGUUUUGGAAUCAUCAUGUGGAUACUUUCUGCAGGAAUAGUACCAUGGUGUAAUACUCCAUAUGACCAUAAACUGAUGAAUGAAAUUUGUCUUGGUCAACGUCCUAAAAUUAUUCGUGGAAUUCCCGAUAUUUUUACUAAAUUAAUGAAAAAAUGUUGGGAUCCCAAUCCUUUGAAACGUCCGACCGCAUUCGAAUUACAUGAAAUAUUAGAAAGUUGGGUAACCGAUAUUGACGAUUCUAAUAUAUCAGACUUUAGUAAUACUGAUGAGAAUAACAUCCUGGAGUCAGAAAGAAAUAAACUUCAUCGGCAAGGAUUCUAUCAUAAAGAUAUUUCUUCAAGCAGGCUUGUUGAUUUUUCUCAAUUAAUUAAUUAA